CUAUUCCUCCCCACUGACACCAACGAUGGGGCACUAUUCCUCCCCCCCACUGACACCAACCAUGGGGCACUAUUCCUCCCACUGACUAAUGAUGGGGCACUAUUCCUCCCACUGAUACCAAUGAUGGGGGCACUAUUCCUCCCACUGACACCAAUGAUGGGGCAUGAUUCCUCCCACUGAUACAAAUGAUGAGGCACUAUUCCUCCCACUGACACUAAUGAUGGGGCACUAUUUCAUCCACUGACACCAAUGAUGGGGCACUAUUCCUCCCACUGACACUAAUGAUGGGACACUAUUCCUCACACACUGACACUACUGAUGGGGCACCAUUAGUGUCACACCCCCAUCAUUGGAAUACCAUACUGAAAUACCA